GCUCCCCUAACUAACUCCUCCUCCUCGAUUUCACCAUGUUCUCCUAUCUCCUCAUCACUCCGCACCUCUCCUCCUCCUCUUCCCUACCCUACAAACUCCACCUCAACCCCAAUCCCGCGCUCCUCCGAUCGACGCACCCCCGCCUCGCCGUCGCCGCCCCCCGCCUGAACCGCCCCGGAACCCUAGCCGUCGCCGAUCCAAUCGGACCCUCUCGCCUUCCCCUUCCCAAAUCCCUCCCCCUCCAGUCCCUCAAGCCCUACCUCCUUCCCCAGUCCGGGCCCGUCCUCCUCGGCUGGCUCUGCGGCGCGGCCUCCGUGCUCUCUCUCUCCAAGCUCGUCCCCCGGAUCGGCAAGUUCUCCUCAGGCUUCGCCGGCGCCGAUGUUGCGAGAUUGAGGGGCGAGGGCUUCGCGCUGGGGGUCCUGGUGCUGGCUCGGGUCGUGUCGAGCUACCUGCAGCACGCGUUCCUAUGGGAUGCCGCGCUGAACGCCGUGUACAGGGUCCGCGUGGAUGUGUUCGAGAGGGUUCUGGAGCGGGAUUUGGGGUUCUUCGAAGGCGGGGUCGGGGUUUCUGCCGGGGACAUUGCGUACCGGAUCACAGCUGAGGCGUCUGAUGUCGCUGACACGAUUCAUGCUCUUCUUAAUACCAUAGUACCCAGCACUCUGCAGCUAUCUGCAAUGGCAAUGCAAAUGUUGACUAUCAGCCCCGCCCUCUCUCUUGUUUCUGCUGCGGCAAUUCCAUGCAUGGCUCUCGUAAUUGCCUUUCUAGGAGAAAGGCUGCGCCAGAUAUCUAAGGAGGCAAAUCUCAGCAUUGCUGCUCUCUCUGCCUACUUGAACGAGGUUCUCCCUGCUAUUCUUUUCGUGAAAGCAAACAAUGCAGAACCAUGUGAGAUUGCUAGAUUCAAGAGGCUUGCUCAUGUUGAUCUCACUAAGCGUUUGAAAAAAAAGAAAAUGAAGGCACUUAUUCCUCAGAUUAUACAGUCCAUUUAUGUUGCAGCUCUAUUCGUUUUCUGUGCCGGAUCUUUGUUACUUUCAAAAGGCUCUUUUGAUGGAUGUAGAAUGGUUUCUUUCCUCACAUCAUUGGUUCUCGUAAUUGAGCCGAUUCAGGAUGUUGGAAAAGCGUACAAUGAACUGAAGCAAGGAGAACCAGCUAUUGAGCGCUUGUUUGAGUUGGGGAGGUUCGAAGCCAAGGUUAUGGAGAAACCAGAUGCGAUCCACCUAGAUAAUGUGGCUGGAGAAUUGAAAUUUUGUCAUGUCUCUUUUAGGUAUAGCGACAAUAUGCCACCUAUUUUAGACAGGCUGGACCUCCAUAUCAAGGCUGGAGAGACAGUUGCCCUUGUUGGUCCCUCUGGAGGAGGAAAGACAACCCUUGUGAAACUGCUUCUUCGCCUUUAUGAUCCUUCAUCUGGUUGUAUUUAUGUGGACAACUACAAUAUACAGAACAUUCAGUUGGAAUCAUUGAGGAGACAUGUUUGUCUAGUUUCUCAAGAUAUUACUCUUUUCUCAGGAACGGUCGCCGAAAAUAUUGGGUACAGGGAUUUCAUGAAUGGUAUUGACAUGGAUAGAGUUGAGCUUGCGGGACAACUUGCAAAUGCUGAUGAGUUCAUUGAAAAGCUUCCUGAGGGUUAUAACACAAAUAUUGGACCUAGGGGAUCAGUUCUGAGUGGUGGUCAGAAGCAAAGAUUGGCUAUAGCAAGGGCAGUCUAUCAGGACCCCUCCAUAUUGAUCUUAGAUGAAGCAACUUCUGCAUUGGAUAGCAGGUCCGAGCUAUUGGUGAGACAAGCCCUACAACAGUUGAUGGAAACUCGUACUGUGUUGGUGAUUGCUCAUCGCCUGGAAACAGUUCUCAUGGCUAACAGAAUAUUCACUCUAAAUGAUGGGAGGCUACAAGAGCUGACUCGAUCAUCUCUUUUGGGUGGUCGCCCAAACUAUCUACAAUCAGAAGGUCUCGUGUUAUAAUGUAAUUCUCUGGGCAACUACUAUGAAGGUGCACGGAAAUGUUAUUGCUGGCGUCAACAUUUGCGUUCAGCAAAGCUGCCAGGAUUCUGUUCUUCUUGUUGGUUGGUGGAAGGAGAUGGAGAUUUCUUUCGGCAUAGCAGACUAAAAAGAUAUUGCACAUGCAUAUCGGCAUUGAAUUAUGCUGCAUAAAAUGGAAGUAGUGUAGUCACAUUAAUGAGACAAGGUACAUCAUUUGUUUUAUUCUUGAUUUUUCUUUCCCAUAGGAAAAAGUGUACCACUCGAAAUGUUCAGAGUUGCUCUGUUGAAGUUCACAUGACAUCAUAUUCAUAUCUAUCCAUGAAAGUAAUUGUACA